AUGAACUAUUUUAAUGGAACUAUACCAACAAUGCUUGGACAGUUAAAAUUCUUAGAAACGUUGAAUUUCUCACAUAAUAAUCUAUCCGGUGUUAUUCACUUUAGUUAUGGUGAGUUGUUAGCCUUGGCAAACGUUGAUAUAUCAUACAACCAAUUGGAGGGUUCAAUUCUAAGCAUUCCAGCAUUCCAAAAAGUUUCAAUUGAAACAUUAAGAAAUAACAAAGGCUUGUGUGGUAGCGUCUCUGGCCUUAUGCCUUGCUCAACAUCAAGUGGAAAGGUUCAUGGUCAUAAGCCUAACAAACUUUUGGAUGUUAUUAGCAUCAUUUGCUUAUGGGCUCGCAUAUCAUCUCAAUCAAACUUCAAGCAAAAAAGAAUUCAAGGAUGUAGACGAAUCGCAUGCUAA